AUGAGUAAAGACGAAAGUGAAUUGGAUGAUUUACUUAUUUCUGAAACUUUGGAAGAUUAUUCGUUGCCAAAAUAUGAACCAUAUCAAGAUGAAGAAGAGGAAGUAACAAUUGAUGAUCAAUUUGCAUGGAUUUUAUUAUGGAUAAUGAACUUUCGAAUUAUAUUCAACAUACCAGAAACU